UUUCCACAUAAACAUAUCCCUCUCUCUCUAAACUAAAGACGCCUGAAUACUGAAAAACUCUCUCUCUUUACAAGCUCUGACUCCUUCCUCUACCUCUAAUCCAACGCUCCCUUCCUGCUUAUCCUACGCACACCCUCCUCAACCCAACUCCAUUUCACAGACCCACCAUUGUUUCUCUCUCUAUAUAUAUAUCUGUUUCUCUCUCCUCUGCGUUCGUCCUCACACAAUGGGCAAAGGGUCCGCACUCACCGACGGCGUGAUCAAGAAGAUCCUCCUCUCCUACACCUACGUGGCCAUCUGGAUCUUCCUCAGCUUCACCGUCAUCGUCUACAACAAGUAUAUCCUCGAUCGCAAGCUCUACAACUGGCCGUACCCGAUCUCUCUCACCAUGAUCCACAUGGCCUUUUGCUCCACCUUAGCCGUCCUCUGCGUCCGCGUCUUCUCGCUCGUCGAACCCGUCUCCAUGUCACGUGACCUGUACUUCUCCUCCGUCGUCCCCAUCGGAGCUCUCUAUUCCCUCAGCCUCUGGCUCUCCAACUCCGCCUACAUCUACCUCUCCGUCUCCUUCAUUCAAAUGCUCAAAGCCCUCAUGCCCGUCGCUGUGUAUACCAUUGGAAUUCUCUUCAAGAAAGAAGGCUUCAAAUCGGAAACAAUGGCGAACAUGGUGUCGAUCUCAAUUGGGGUUGCGAUCGCUGCCUACGGAGAGGCCAAAUUCGAUUCGUGGGGGGUGUUUCUCCAAUUGGGUGCUGUCGCAUUCGAGGCGACUCGGUUGGUGAUGAUUCAGAUCUUGCUCACAUCAAAGGGUAUCACAUUGAAUCCUAUUACUUCGCUUUACUAUGUUGCUCCGUGUUGCUUGGUGUUCUUGUUUGUGCCAUGGGUUUUUGUUGAAUACCCUGUUUUGAAGGAGACUUCUGGGUUUCAUUUCGAUUUUGUGAUUUUUGGUACCAAUUCUUUCUGUGCAUUCGCAUUGAAUUUGGCUGUGUUUUUGCUUGUUGGGAAGACCUCUGCUUUGACUAUGAAUGUGGCUGGGGUGGUGAAGGAUUGGCUGUUGAUUGCGUUUUCGUGGUCUGUGAUUAAGGAUACAGUGACUCCGAUUAACUUGUUCGGAUAUGGGUUGGCCUUUUUGGGUGUGGGAUAUUAUAAUCAUUCGAAGUUGCAGGCUUUGAAGGCAAAAGAUGGGCAGAAGAAAGCUCAGCAGGAUGAGGAAGAAGCUGGAAGGUUGUUGGAGGAGAGAGAAGGAGGAGGGGAUGGAAAUGGGAGGAAGAGCGAUUCACAGUCGAAUUGAUUUGGAAGGGAAUGAAGGGAAUUGAGGUGAGUGGAUUGAAUUGGUGCUCAGUUUUCUGCUGAUCUUUGGAGGUGUUUGGGUGUUAGGUAUUAUAUAUGAUGCCAAGUUAUGGCUGUUUCAAUGCUGAUGUUAGGGAUUCGAGGUUCGCAGCAGCUGUUGCGUAAUGUGCCCAAUCAUGUAUCUUAGUAGAGUAAGAAUCUUGGAUGCCCCAAAGUCUAUUUUUAUGUUCUCUAUAUGUUUUUUUUUUGUUGUUGUUUUAGAGUACUUAUGCAUAUGUAGGAACCAUUUCUAAUUAUGAAAUUUUAAUGCUUAUUUAUUCUUUA